AUGCUCCCCCCACCAGUCGAUGCCGCUUUACUGCGAGAGCAUGCUUAUGCUGACACCGGCAACUCACAAAUCGUGCUAGAUAUAAAAACUUUCACAGACGAUGGUGGCUACAAACCCAUUGAAAAGUAUGGGCUUGGUUAUUUCAACUAUAUGUUUGCUCUUAACAAGCGUGUAACGGAAGUCUCAUUAAAGGAAAUUAUUCGAGGACAUAUCUACGAAUAUUUCACUAUCUACUUCGUGAUAAUUGUUAUCAUCUUAGCUAUAUGGAUUUUAUCAGUAUCGAUUUAUGCAGAAUGUUUGACUAAGAGGAUACGUUCGGCUUUUGGCAAAACAAGUUCAUAUAGCAAAAAGGUUGAUGGAAUAUCUUAUGAUCAUGUACAAGUCUGA